CAAUAACUACGUGUGCGGGAGAUAACAUGCAUCUCUUUCCAGGUUCCCUUAUUUGGUAAAGAAAAUAAUCGUUCUUAACAGUUGCUAUAUUUAACUCAGCAAAAUUAGGGAUUUUGAACCAGCGCAUGCAAGCAGUCACGCGCAUCGAACUACAUCGAAAACUACUCCUGUCCAGUACCAUUUGGAUCAGUCCACCUAAAUGAGCGAGGCUGAUACGAUCGGCUCCGACAGGCCGCACGCCCAUACGAAUAGCGCGUGUACAGAGCACGGGGGCAGCAAGCCAAAGGUGCCAAUGGCACGUCUCUUGUUUAGUCGUGCCUGCGCGUUCCGGCCAUUCUGACGGUAGUUCCCCCGCCUGCACAGUCUGCACUAGUGUGCAAGGUGCAAGACAGUACUGUGCUGUUGUUUUUUGUGUGCCUUUUUGCAUGUGUGUUUGUCAACCUGCUCCUGGGCGGCGCCAUGGUGAUAUGCUCCUCUGCAUCCUCGCCGUCCUCCUGCUCCACUUCAACAUGCACCCCGUCUGCUGGUCGAAGCGCCCAAGUCGUCGCCCGGGCCUUCUGCAGCCGUCCCACCUGGUCAUCGAAGUCUCCGGGGUAACGGGCUGUGACGUCCCGGGCAACGCCAUCAGGUACUUCAACGUUCAGACUGGCAUGGUCAGCAAGGUGGACUUCUCUAUCACCCUCGAGUUCAACAUCACUCGCUCUGCCCGCGGCAUCGACUCGCUCACCAAAUGCCGGGAGGUCGUCUCGUCCAACACCUGCGAGCUAUUCCACACCUGGCGAUUCGAAAACAACCCGUGCAAGGGGUUUUACGACCCCACCGCCCUAUGGGCAUGCCCUUUAAAUGAGAUGAAACCUCGACCAAGCUGCCCCUUCAAAACGGGUACUUACGGUUUUCAAAAUCUAACAAUCGGCACAUCGCUGAUAGACAAGUUGCCUCUCCCUUGGGAGGGCAACGUCUGGAUAGUACGCCUGGGUUUGUUGGAAACCAAGACCCUCUUCCACAUGUGCACAGACUUGGAGUGGCACGUGCAUCGAGUGCGUGACAACUGAUUAGGGAGAGAAGGACGACGAAAAUAAAUUCAUAAGUCAUACUUUUUCAGCUGAAACGAACUAGCCAUAAUAAUAGACACGAGCGUGACCAAGUGCUGAUUUUGUAACAAUAGUACAAUA